GAGAUAAUGGCAGAUCCUUCAGUGGUGGAUCACCUGGCACGACUGAAACUCAAACUGCUAGAAAAGAGACUAGAAAAUGAACAGGAGAACUUAGAGAAGAUGGAAUUGUCUCUCCCAGCUGCAAGAAACAGACCUCAGGACAUGCUCCAAAGUGCCCUGAGGCAAAGGAAAGAUCUGCUGCAGGAGCUCAGGGAGCAGCACCUUCUGGAAGAGCUUUCACAGCCACCUGCACCAGAUGGGGGACACUGCCAUGACCACAGAGUUGCCCUGCCACAAAUCUACCAGAUCCCUUUUCCAGCUUCCCCGGUGGAGCCACCAAGGAUUAUCCAGCAGACAGUGCCAGCUCAGCCUGCCACCAUCAUCCAGCAGUUGCCUCAGCCCUCCCCUGUGAUCACACAGAUUCCCCCAGCCCAGCCCUCUGCAGCCCCCCGCUCUGGGAGCAUUAAGGAAGAUAUGGUGGAGAUGAUGCUGAUGCAGAAUGCUCAGAUGCACCAGAUCAUGAUGCAGAACAUGAUGCUGAAGGCUCUGCCACCAGCCCUGCUCACGCAGCCUGGGGGAGCCGGCUGUGCCCCGCUCCAGCACCCGCGGCAGGAGCUGCAGCUCGCUGCUCCCCUGGCCGCGAAGGCAGAGAGGCCCAGGGCACCUGUGGUGCACCACCACCACCACUACCCUCCCACGGGGGUGCUCCCAGUGCCCCCCAGCAGCUUCCUGCCCACCUCCACAGAGCAGCCCUGGAGCAGCGGCUCUGCC